UGCGCAAAACUAGAUUUUUAAUGUUAGAUAGAAUGAGAUAGACAAAAGGUAGGAAAAGUGAGAGUAGUGUUUGUGUCCUCUGUAGAAGAUUUGCGGUAUGUACCGAGUGUUAGGUUAUUCGGUUCGAAUCAAAUUUUAAAGUAACUAUGCUGAUAAUAAGAAAAAUAUCUUGAGUGAUUAUUAUUUCUAUUGUCUAAAUAAUGGCAGAAAAUCUGUCGAAACGGCCUUCUAAAGGAAUCUUGAAAACUUCCAGCAGUUUCGAUAAUCCAGAAGCGCCUAGACCAAGUAAAGAAACAAAAUGGGAUGAAAUGAACAUUAUCGCCACUCUUCAUCCACCCGAUAAAGAUUAUGGCCAUAUGAAAAUAGAUGAACCUAAAACCCCAUAUAGUUAUGAAGGCCUCGGUAAUGAACAUGAAUUAGAUGAAAUAGAUACUGUUGCGAUUGCGACUAAAUUAGCUGAAGGUACUAAGCCAAAAAUUUUUGAUGAACCAAGCGAGGAUGAGGACGAAGAAGAAGAAACACCAGAAGAAAGAGAAAAGAGAAAAGCAUUUGAAGCAAAAAGAAAAGGUCAUUACCGUGAAUGGCAUGCUGUACAAUUAGCACGAAAGCAGCUAUUGGAACAAGAUGAAGACGAAGACGAAGAUGAUGAAGGAGAGAAUAAAAAUGACAGCGAUACAUCAUCGGAAGAAGAAAGUGCAUUCAAAACACGUUUUAAGUGCAUGCCGUCCUGUGAUAGAAGAGAAAACAAAUAAAUAAAUAAAAACAAAGAAGAAGAAGAAUAAAAAGAAAUCUUUAGUAAUCCAAUUUUAUAUCAUAGAUAAUUCUCUAUGUCAUCGUUUGUAAAUAAAUAUAACAAAGAGAUUAGAUUCUUUUUUAUAAUUUCUCAAUUUCAGUAUAUUACUGAUUAAGUUGUUUUUUAACUUAUAUCUAAAUUCUAUUAAGAAUGAUUAUAACAUCAUUAUCAUUUGAUAAUUCUUUACAUGCUUAUUUUUUUUAUACUUAUUAUAUAUGUGUGAUUUAUAUAUUCGUAUUUAUGUAUUUCAUUUAUAUAUAUAUAUAUAUACAUAUAUAUGCAGUGCAAUGUCUAUUAUUAUAAAUUAGAUAACAUUUUCGUGAUAAUAAUUUUGUAUAUAUGUACAAUCGAAAAUGAUAAUUUUAAAUAACCGUGCAUUUAAAACAACAGCAACUAAUAUUAAUUAGAAUAUUAUAUUUUUGGUCUUUCAUGUUGCUCCAAUUAAUAGAAAUAAUAUGACAUUGAAUCAUUGUAAUUAAAUCACCAUUUAACGACCAUCACCAACCUCGUGUCAAGAUUAGUACAAAUUUAUGCGCGUGCAGUAUUGAAUAUAAUAGAAGAAAAGGAAUACACUAAUUUUUAGAUGAAUGCAGUUUGAAUUUAAUCGAGUAUUCCAUAUUAUAAUGAUUAUAAUCGUUCUUAUAUAUACAUUAAGGUAGACGUAAACCAUUGAAUGUUAACAAUGGACUGAAAUAUGUAAUUAGAAAUAACAUAUUAAACGUAGAAUAGCUUAAAACAAUAACAACAAAACAAACAUAUGAUUGUGACUAAUUUAAAGAAAGUGUACGCAUUGAUAUUAGAGUUGCCAUUCGUUUAAAAGUUAAAUAACAAUUAUAUAUUGUACAAUGUAUAUCCGUCUGAUAAUUAGAUACAUUUUUAUUCAAACGAUAGUAAUAAUUAAUACAAAUUUAUGAUAAUAUAUCUUUUAUAUUAUUAGAUUUGCAAUUUAUUCUUUUCCAGAAAACGAAAGUGAAUUAAAUGAAAGUUGUGAUUAACUAUUUCCAGUUAAAAGUUAAGCUAUUUUGUAGAAGUAUGCUUAUUACUAUAUAUUAAUAGUAUAUUUAAAUAGUUGCCAUGCGUAGGAAGCAAAAAGAUGUAUUAUCCAAAGAUAAAUAAAUUAACUAUCUAA